AUGUUUCUCAGUUGGUUCCUUCGCUCGUUUCCUUUGUCCGAGCGACUGUUUUAUAUUCACGCCAGUUGCUUAGCGGUGAAAGAAAAGUCUCGCUUUGUCUAUCGUAUAAAUUUUGCAGCCUAUGAAAACGGAAUAAAUGAAUAUGGUAUGCGUCUUUUUUACUCAUGUCAGUUUAGUUCACUUUUUCUACGCUUCGUCCAUUUUCUUUGUUCUUCUCCUUUCCAUUCUGUACCACCAAUACUUAUGUUUUACUUAGCUUUUUCUCCCCCGAGUUUGUGUCCGCUUUCUUCAUCAUCGUAUCAUAUUUUGGUAAUCCACCUCCUUUCGUUUGACAUUUUCUCUUCACAACGCAUUUCCAUUCCUCUGUCUUCUCAAUUAUUUGGUGUACUUAUUUACUUUUUGACUCUUUCUUCGCCCCCCUCUCUCUCUCUCUCUCUUCCCUUUGCUUCAACUCUUUCUUUUUCCCCCCUCUCUCUCUCUCCGUCUUUCUUCCCUUCUCUCUCUCUCUUUCUCCCUUUCUACUUAUCACUCUCUCUUUCAAUAUCUCACUUUCUCUCUCUCUCUCUCUUUCCCCGCAUUCUGUCUGUACACUAUUUCCUUACACGCACUUACACAGGCACACGCACACACACACACACUCCCUCUCUAUCUCUGUCUCUCUCUCCCUUUCCUUCUCUCUCUUUUUAUCUGCUUUUCACGCAUUCUGAUUUUACAACAUUUCAUCUAGCGUUACACAAACACACACACAUAUACAAUCCCCCCUCUCCCUCGCUCUCUCUCUCUCUCUCUCUCUCUCUCUCUAUCGCUUUUUCUCUUUCACACCAUUUGAUCUUGGGUUUACACACAAUUACAUACACACACAUAAAACCUAUCUCUCUUUCUUUCUCUGUCGCUUUUCUCCCACUCCCUUUCUCUUCGUUUACGUACACUCACACAUUCAAAGCCACGGACACAUACACACUCCUUCUCUCGCUUUCUCCUUCUAUCACUUUAUCUCUCUCACUUGCUCUCUUUUUCUUUUUCACACAUUCUGUUUUUCACACCAUUUCAUCUAGCGUUUACAGACUCCCCUCUCUCUCUCUCUCUCUCUCUGUCAUUCUCUUACGCACACAAUCUCUCUCUCUCUCUCUCUCUCUCUCUCUCUCUCUCUCUCUCUCUCUCCCUUUCUCUUUCUCUCUUCGUUGUUUGUUUCCCAUUUCGUCGCAUUUUCCAGAAUCUGACAACCAAUCUAGUCAAUUAAUUCUGAAAGCCUGGAGGUCGUCGAAUUUCUCCGUCACUGUCGAAUUGUUCAACACUAAAUACAUUAACACGCCAUUUCUGAAACCUGAACAUCUGCUACGACCUUUACGAUUGAUUCUUUACGCAUACUCAUCUCCUGAUUUUUUUCUAUCUAUCUAUCACAUCCGGCACAUUUCUUCCUUUCUUUCGUUCAUUCUUUCGCUCUUUCUUUCUUUCUUUCUUUCUUUCUUUCUUUCUUUCUUUCUUUCUUAUCCUGCUUGUUUUUUCUUUCUAUCUAUACAUCUAUCUAUCUAUCUAUCUAUCUAUCUAUCUAUCUAUCUAUCUAAGCCUGUUCCCUGUUCGUAUCUAUCUAUCUAUCUAUCUAAGCCUGUUCCCUGUUCGUAUCUAUCUAUCUAUCUAUCUAAGUGUUCGUAUCAUCUAUCUAUCUAUCUAUCUAUCUAUCUAUCUAUCUAUCAUCACAUCCGGCUCAUUUCUUUCUUUCUUUCUUUCUUUCUUUCUUUCUUUCUUUCUUUCUUUCUUUCUUAUCCUGCUUAUUUUUCUUUCUUUCUAUCUAUCUAUCUAAGCCCGUUCAUAUCUAUCUAUGUAUUCAAGCCUGUACGUAUCUCUAUCUAUCUAUCUAUCUAUCUAUCUAUCUAUCUAUCUAUCUAUCUAUCUAUCACAUCCGGCUCAUUUCUUCCUUUCUUUCUUUCUUUCUUUCUUUUCCUGCUUAUUUUUUCUUCUAUCUAUCCAUAUCUAUUUCCACUGUUUUUCUCUUUCACUCUCUUUCUCCUUCUGUCCUUCCUUUCCCCUUCAUUAUACUGUUAUCUUUCCCCAUUUUCUUGUCAUUCUCUUUUCUUUCUUUCUUUCUUUCUUUCUUUCUUUCUUUCUUUCUUUCUUUCUUCUAUCCACGUCUCUCGCCUGUAUUUACUUUUCUCUCCCUAUUCUGUUUCUUCUCAUCCCUUGAUCUCUUUCUCUCUCGCGCACUUACUUUUUUUACUAUCCUUUCUCUGUUGUACACUGUUCGUUCAUCUCUCUCUCUCUCUCUCUCUCUCUCUUGUCCCUCUCUUUCCUUCCUCUCAUCUUUUGUAUUUACCUUCUCUGCCUUCACUUUUAUCUUCUCUUUUCUCUCUUUUUCAUUCUCACUAUCUCGAUCAUUUCACUCUCCAUCGUUAUCGGCUCUUCGAAAUGUUGGAUACUGAUUCCUUCCUUGAAGUAUCCCAGUUGCCUUUGAAUUGGAUUUCCUUUGACAAAGACCUUUUUGCUACCAAUGUUUCUUUUUUUUCUGCCUUCCUCUUUUCGAUGCACCUCUCGAUUUAUUUGAAACUUUACAACCAUCCUUUGUUCUUUUCUUUGCGCUUCUUUCCUUUUCUUUCUCUCUUGUAUUUCUUCUUUCUCUCUCCUGCUUCCUUUUUUACGAUGUUCCUUUCAAUUGUCACUUUUCACUUUCUUUUUUCAUUUUUUCUUUUUCAUUCUUCGUUCUUCUUUUCGUUUGAUUUUCUUCUUUCUUCUUUCUUUUCUUCUUUUUUCUUUUCUUCUUUUCGCAUUACUCUUUUUCGUUCUUCUUUUGAUUUGAUUUUCUUUAUCUUUUUUCUUUUCUUCGUUUUUCUUUUCUUCAUUUUUCUUCUUCUUUUUUUCUUGAUAUUCUUCUUUCUUCUUCCUUUUCUUCUGUUUCCUUUAUUCUUUUCUCCUUCUCUUCUUUUUCCUUCUUCUUUUUCGUUCUCUUUUGGAUUAAAUUUUAUUCUUUCUUUUUCUUUUCUUCUUUUUUCUUUUCUUUUUUUCUUUUCUUCUAUAAAUUUGUUUAUUUUUCUUCCUUUCCUUCUUUCGUAUCUUUCUUUAUUUUUUGCCUGCCUUCUGUCUAAAUUUUCUUUCUUUUCUUACGUACUUAUUUUCUUUCCUUUCUUACCUCCCUCCCUUCCAUCCUUCCUUCCUUCAUUCCUUCCUUCCUUCCUUCCUUUCCUCCUUCCUUCCUUUCCUUUCCUUCCUUCUUCCUUCCUUUCCUUCCAUCCUUGCUUCCUUCAUUCCUUCCUUCCUUCCUUCUUUCCUUCCUUCCUUCUUUCCUUCCUUCCUUCCUUUCUCCCGUCCUUCCUUCCUUUAUUCUUUUCCUUCCUUUCCUUCCUUCCUUCCUUCCUUCCUUCCUUCCUUCCUUCCUUUCCUUCCUUGCUUGCUUCCUCCUUUACUUCCUCCCUCCCUUUUCUUCCUUCCUUCCUUCCUUCCUUCCUUCCUUCCUUUCCUCCCUUCCUUCCUUUCCUUUCCUUCCUUCUUCCUUCCUUUCCUUCCAUCCUUGCUUCCUUCAUUCCUUCCUUCCUUCUUUCCUACCUUCCUUCUUUCCAUCCUUCCUUCUUUCCUUCCUUCCUUCCUUUCUCACUUCCUUCCUUCCUUUAUUCCUUCCCUUCCUUCCUUCCUUCCUUCCUUUCCUUCCUUGCUUCCUUCUUUCCUUCCUCCUUUCCUUUCCUUCCUUCCUUCCUUCCUACCUCCCUUUCCUUCCUUCCUUCCUUCCUUCUUUUCUUCCUACCUCCCUUCCUUCCUUCCUUCCUUUCUUCCUUCCUUUCUUCCUACCUCCCUUUCCUUCCUUCCUUCCUUCCUUCCUUCCUUCCUUUCCUUUCUUUUCCUUCCUUCUUUUAUUUCCUUUCCUUCCUUUCUUCCUUCCUUUCCUUCCAUCCUUGCUUCCUUCAUUCCUUCCUCCCUUCCUUUUCUUCCUUCCUUCUUUCCUUCCUUCCUUCCUUCCUUACUCUCUUCCUUCCUUACUUCCUUACUUACUUCCUUCCUUCCUUCCUUCCUUUCCUUCCUUUCUUCCUUCCUUUCUUCCUACCUCUCUUUGCUUCCUUCCUUCCUACCUCCCUUUCCUUCCUUUCUUUCUUUCCUUUCUUCCUUCCUUUCUUUCUUUCCUUCCUUUCUUCCUCCCUUCCUUUUUUAUUUUCACCUUUUUUUUUCCUUGUUUUCUUUCUUCUUUUCUUCCAUCUUUUCUUCCUUCUUUUCUUUCUUCUUUUCUUCCAUCUUUUCUUCCUUCUUUUCUUCCUUCUUUUCUUCAGUUUUUUCCUUUCUUUUUUCCUUCUUUUCUUUCUUCUUUUCUUCCAUCUUUUCUUCCUUCUUUUCUCCGAUCUUUAUUCUUUUCUUCCUUCCUUUCUUCCAUCUUUUCCCCUUUUCUUCUUCCAUCUUUAUCUACUUCUCAAUCCCAUCUUGUCUAUACAGCAAUCUAUCCUUUAG